AUGCAUCUGCAGUCGACUCUUGCCUUCCUCCUCACCCUCGCCGUGGCCACGCCGGCCCUGGCGCAGUGCAGAGGCGCCAUGACCAAGACCGAGAUCAAGUGCCUCUCGGAGACCACCAAUGGAAAAUGCGACGAGUCUCGCCUGACCAGCAGUCUCGACGAAUUCUGCUCGCGAACACUGACGAUUCUAGUACAAUUGCUGCACGCGGUCCUAAAAUCCCAUCAUGCUCCGCUCCUUUCUCAAAGACAAGGGCUGGAGUCCCUGCAUUAUCUUCUUGCGGUGAGCGGUGGCACUUUCGCAUCAGUGCCGGCGCCGCACUACGUACAUAUUUUUUGA